UCGGUUGCCAUGACAGUCGGAUGUUGGUGCGAUGGAAGCUGAUGCGAGAAGAUGAAGACGAUUCUGUUAGUUCUUUCGUGUUUUUCGUCUUGUUUGGCAUUCGAUUGUGAUUUUGAAACGAGCUGCAGCUGGAAAUGGCACAUUAACGAUCCAAUUUCCAUCGUAUCGGCCUUAAAUUUAACAGACGAUAACUUUAUCCAGAAUCGCUCCCUGAAUGACACCUAUGGUAAUUUUUUGUAUUAUGGAGUGGCUAAAUCAUACUAUGAGGUAGAUGUUAAGAGAAUAAACAUCUCUAGUCCUUGGUUUGUGAAUGGAAGUGGACACGACUGCACCAUUGAUUUCGAUAUGGUGAUGAGAAAUAUGGAAGACGGUUAUGUGGAAGUUUAUGUUGAGACUGAAAGAAUAUCUUGGGUUAUUGCUCGUUUUGCUGGAAAUUCGCUAAUUGACUGGAAACACUUUUCGACAAGAAUAGGUACAAUCAGUAAACCGUUUCAUAUCCUAUUAGAAAUCAGCCCCCCUAAUAAUUCUUUACCAGUUCACGUGGCCAUUGAUAACCUAAAGCUUGACGGAUGCUUACGAACAGCGUCGGCUGUUACCGUUCCCUGCGAACCUCAUCACUUUAGGUGUUCUCAGGGGACGUGUAUCGAAAAGGAGAAACUUUGUGACUUAAUUUUUGACUGUCCUGAUGGUGAAGACGAGAAGAAGGAUUGCGAUUUAAUGCCUUUCGGUUCGAGAUGUAAUUUUGAAAUGAACAUGUGCGGGUGGACGAGUAACGGUGACGGACAGAGCAGAUGGAUACGUAACAAUGGAAGCGUUUUAGGAGGAAGAAUAGGGCCUCAUAACGAUCACACGUAUGAAAAUGAAACAGGUAUCUAUAUAAUUGCUAAGUUUCCUAAGAAAUAUUUCGGUCAUAACGCUGUAUUAAGAAGCGUGCGAUUUCGUCCUCCUCCACGUUAUCAUCGUUCCCCUUCGUCUUCCUUCUAUCAAAGUUGUAAGGUUAGGUUUUACUAUUAUAUACACGGCAAGAGCCCAUCUGUUUUGAGUUUACGCUUAAAUACUUAUCAUUCCAAUUAUCCGGACGGUAGAAUUUUCCCAUUAUGGAGUGCUUCCGGCAAGAGAACAGAUUUCUGGAAUCUUGUUGUUUUGCCUCUGCCAGAUAUCUUAGAUAUUUACGAUCUGGAAUUUAGAGCAACGAAUGCUUUACGACAAACAAUUGUGGCCCUCGAUGAUAUAUCUCUAACACCCGAAUGUUUUGAAAUUGGAGCUCGUGAAGAUAUUGCGAAUGUGACUGAUUAUCUUAUAGAAAAGAAUUCGUCGAAAGUGCAUACAAAAUAUGUUUUUAGUACUUGUGGCAUACGGGGUAACAGAGGACCUACGGAACAAGAUUGUAGAAGAUCAUACAAAAAUUCUUCUACUCGUGUCAGUAUCCAAUCAAAGAAUCUGAUGGAUGGAAUCCAACAAUGGGUUGUUCCUCAAACUAAUAUUUAUACAGUUUUUGCUGGAGGUGCGAGUGGUGGACAGGGUCUGUUUAACAAAGGUAAAAGUCGUGGUGCAGUUGUCAGAGCCUCCUUCAAUUGGACAGCUGAAGAAGUUAUUUUUAUACUAGUGGGACAGAAGGGAACGAGCGCGUGUUCUAUAUCAGAUGAUUGUGACAAUGGUAACAGACGAAUAAGAAGUAUUGAAGAACUGCAAAAACUGAAAAGAAAGAAGGAUGGAGGCGGAGGAGGAGGUGGAGGUGCUACAUACGUUUUUAAAAUAAAAAAUGGUGGUAAAGAUUAUAUUCCUUUAGUGGUUGCUUCUGGAGGAGGAGGCUUGGCUCAUACGAGAGAUGACAAUUCGGAAACUGCAAUUAUACCAGAAGGUAGAGGCGAAGAUAAUCAGUUUGGUCCGUCUAAUGGAUUUACUCUCCCACGUGGUGCAGGUGGAGGAGGAGGAUGGAACGACUCGACUCACAUCAGUAGAAACUCUGGAUUAUCUCUUCUAUCCGGUGGUUUUGGAGGUUAUCCAUGUCAAAUGGCCAGUAGCUUUAGUACUUCUGGAGGAUUUGGAGGUGGUGGUGGAGCUUGUUAUUCUGGUGGAGGAGGGGGAGGAUAUAAAGGAGGGAAUGCUGCCGAAGUGGAUGAAAUUACUAAAAACGGACAAGGUGGAACUUCUUUCGUUUCCUCUCUAUCAAUUCUCCCUCUUAUUGAGCCGGGAAUGAAUGAAGGAGAUGGAUUUUUGCAAAUUCUUCCCGCACAGUCCGAUUGUGGAUGUCAAUAUUUAUGCAUUGUUAUAGAUAUGACAGAAAUUACUUAUCAGUGUAUUUGUCCAGAGGGUAGUUCGUUAGAAGACGACGGAACAAGCUGUAAAGCUCAUAAGGAACAUCUCUCCAUCACAAAUCUUGUAGUUAUCAUUCUUUCGUGUCUAGUUGUUUUGACUGUUGUUGGUUUUAUUUCCAUCUUAGCACUUAGUAAAUAUCGUAAAAAACAAAGCCGUGAUUUGAGCCACGAGCCAUUAAAUAAUCCAGAGAUGCAACUCAGUCGAUUAAGACAAUCUGGAGGGGGCAUGGUGACCGAAUAUAAUCCAAAUUAUGAAUUUGGUGGAAGCGCUUGCACUAUUCAAGAUUUGAGAGAGAUACCGAGAGACAGUCUCACACUUGUCAAGGCACUCGGUCAGGGAGCAUUUGGUGAAGUUUAUCAGGGUUAUCUUUCUGACAUAUCUGGCGAAUUAGGCGAUAUGCCAGUUGCUGUCAAGACUCUUCCAGAAUUAUCUUCCAAUCAAGCAGAGAUGGAUUUUUUCACGGAAGCUUUAAUUAUGAGCAAAUUUAAUCACCCAAACAUUGUUCGAUUCGUUGGGGUGUGUUUUGAGAAACUUCCAAGAUUUAUUGUAUUAGAACUUCUCUCGGGUGGAGAUCUGAAGUCGUUCCUUCGAGAAAGUCGACCCAAACCGAAUAAACCUUCACCUUUAAACAUGAGCGAUUUGCUGCAUUUGGCUCUCGAUGUAGCUAAGGGAUGUCAGUACUUGGAAGAAAACCAUUUUAUCCAUAGAGAUAUCGCCGCUCGUAACUGUCUUCUGACUACAAAAGGAGUCGAAAGAGUUGUCAAAAUCGCAGAUUUUGGAAUGGCUAGAGAUAUAUACAGGGCUGAUUAUUAUAGAAAAGGAGGUAAAGCUAUGUUGCCUGUCAAAUGGAUGCCUCCUGAAGCAUUUUUAGAUGGAAUUUUCACGUGCAAGACGGAUGUUUGGUCUUUCGGUGUUCUUUUAUGGGAAGUUAUGUCGUUAGGGUACAUGCCCUAUCCCGGUAGAGGUAAUCAGGAUGUCAUGCAAAUGGUAACAUCUGGUGGAAGGUUGGAAGCGCCAACAAAUUGCCCUAAUCCUGUAUACCACAUCAUGAUGCAGUGUUGGCAUCCUGUGCCCGAUCAACGACCUUGUUUCAGUACAGUCAUAGAAAGAAUUGGAUAUUGUCUACAGGAUCCGGACGUUCUAAGAGCAUCAUUGCCCGUGUUUCAUCGCCCACCUUCCAUGGAGAGGGAUGCGACAGUUAUGAGACCACCCGAUACCGAUAGCAUCUGUUUACAGGUGCAACGACCAGAUCGUGACAUGCAGUCACCAGGUUCCGAGGAUUAUCUCAUCCCCAUGCCAUCAUCGAAUUACAGUUUAAGUACGGAAAGAACGGAAUUACAGACAUCGAGUGCCGAAUCGGUCGACAAAUUACUAGAAAUCAACGACACUAGACGACAAGAAACUAAUGACAACCAAACAUGGGAAACUAGUUUCGUAUGUAACGGUAACAGGAGGAGAAAAGACGGUUAUAACGACGAUGCACUGAUGUGGUGCGAGAAACCGAACGUGGAACGUGUUUCCAGUUUGAAAUCAUUGGAUUCACUACCGUUAGCUCCUAGCCUGAAUCACGUGGGGAAGAAUAGCAAUGACGUCACCACGCUGGAUGCCGUAGCUCUCAAUAGGCAAAUGCCAACAUUACCCAUCCAGUACGUCAACGUUGACGUGAAUUCGAAUAGCCAAAGUCAAUUGGAUGUGGAUGAUCAAAAUCAUCUCAAUCAUAAUUUGUUAGAUAAUUAUUCGUGUACUAAUCCCGCCGUUUCUUCCAACUUGACGAACGAACAGAGAGUCAAUUGUUGAUUUUACACACGCAAAAUCGGGAAGAAUUAUUUUAAAACAAACAAAAAAAUACAGUAUUUAUUUAGUGGAAUAGUUCCUAGCUUAUUAGUCAUGUAGUAUUUUUUAUACCUGUUUUCUUUUCUUUGUUAAGUUUCUUGUUCUUGACCGAACGUUCGUACUGGUAUAUUAUAUGUAUAUAUAUAAAAAACAAGUAUCUUUAUAUAGUAGAGAUUGACUUCAAAUUAGUAUUUUAAAGCUUCUUAGAAGAUCAAACUUAUAUGUAUUUUGAUGCUAUUCUCUCCAGAAACUCAUCAUGUGCAUUAAAAACAAAAAGAAGCAUUAAUUUUUAUAAGAAACAAACACGUGUUACGACGCAGGAUUUUGUUUCUCCAUGUUGACAAGUGCACACUAGUUUCGGUGGCAUGCCACUGCUUUUUUUAGUGUUAAGUGUACUAAAUUUGGUGGUAAAUUACGCCACUUUUGAUGACAAGUGCACACUAAAACUAAUUAUUUUGACGUAUGUAAGCUGUUUUUCAGCUUUCACUAGAAAGAUUGACGUAUGCGCAUGAUUUUCUUUCGUCGAUGUUCAUGUAACUCUCGUGUUGUCGACACCAAUACCAAAAUUUCUCUUCCUGGAAAGGGCGUAACGCACGAAAAUUGAAUUAAAACCCUUAACUUCCUCAUUACUCAUUGUAACCCGCAUCUCAAAGCAUGAUUUUGUGACGUCAUUGCAAGCAAAUUAACGACUCUCACAAGAGCUUCAGGUAAUCAGAAAAAGUUUUAGAAAAUUAUAUUUUUUCUAACACAACAAUGCCUCAGAAAACUUUAUAUUGUUUAUUUUCCUAUUCAAAAAACGUCACGGGUUAUUCAAUACCCGAUUCGGUAUUUAUUCCGUGACGUUGUCUUGUUAUCAGAUCUCAUUGAACGAGCUCAAAUCGAGAAACAGGUGGUGUUUUAUCAAUUAGUGAUCUCAUUGGAUGAAUUCAAAUUUAAACACGAUGAUGCGGCAAUAGAUUUUCUUCCAUUUUAUUGGAUAAAUUUAAAUCCCAUCAUGACGUUUCGACAGUUUGUCAUUUCAUUGGUGUAAUCUAAAAGUAAACGUGACGUUGAUGCGGCAGGCGCCAUUUCAUUGGAUAAAUUUAAAUUAUGGCGUGACGUCGUAGAUAUCUGUAGUGUAAUUGGAUCAUGUGUAUGACGCAUAUUUUUAAAAGUUGUUUCUGGAGAGAAUUAAGCCAAGACGAUCAAAAAUGGUCAAAAAAAAUAUAUUGUGUACCUGUAGUGGAAAUGUGCCAAAUAACCUCAGGUCUCUCGUUCUGUUUUAUUUUGUAAUUGACCAACUUGACCAACUUUUUAAGUACAAAUAUGGUUGAUGUUUUUGUGUUAUUUUCUAUGAAGUAAAUGACAUACAGCGACCUCUGUUGUUGUCCGAUCGAAAGCUCAGAAGAUAAAAAAAAUAUCCUGUGGCGAAGGCCCACGCUCAGAAUAUACAGUAUAUAUAUACAUAAUAUAUAUAAAUAUAUUUUAUUGUUGGUAUUUUAAGUCCAGAUGAACGUAUACACAUGUUGUUUCUAAAUCAUUGUAGUGUUUAAAAAUGACGUCAUCGGAAUGGAUAUCUGAUGUAUAGAAGGAUGUAUUAAAAUUUGUGGUAAAACAAAGCUCACCCUUUGAUUGUUUUCACACAUAUAAUGCCACUUUUAACUGUUUUAAAAUACAACUAAUUUCAUCAUCAUUUAAGUGUUCAACAAUUCUUAAACAUGUUGCUUUUUUUACAAUAAAAUAUAAAAUAUGCACAUUUUCUGAAACA